UGGCCGACGGAAUCUUGUGCCCGGUCCUCCGCAACAACGCCAUCUGCCAGGGCAUCAACGCCACCAUCAUCAACCUGCGCCGCGGCCUCGUCGACUACUCGCUGUGCUACAUCGUGGGCGGCCGCCAUGGCCCGCUCCUCUACUAGAAUCGCCCCCGCCACACCCCGCCCGCGCACCCAUGGUUAUAAUACCAUCCCUUCUUUCUCGUUCUACACCACGAGCAUCUGCCCCGUCCCGUGACAUUGGCAGACGCUCCUCGGGCGAGCACAAAAUACGCGGUGGAGUGUCUGUGGCAGCCCGCUCCCGAUCCCGAUCCCAUCUGUUCCGCUCCGCUCCUCUGCGAACCGUGACAAUGAAGAUCGCGCUGGUGCUGGUGGUGACGUGCGCGGUGGCGCUGACUGGCGUCUGGGCCCAGAAAAGCCCGCUGUGCCUGCUCGUGGGGUCGCUGGUGGACCUCAUCUCCCUGCUCCUCGUCCAACAGCUGCUGUGCACGGUGACGGCGGAGGGCGGCGCCUGCCCCGGCCUCAAAGCCACGCUCGUCGCCCUGCGCGCCACGCUCGUCAACGAGACCGUCAGGUCUGCUCAAGUGGGGGACCUAAUUGGCUUGGCCCAGCGCCUGUCUGCGAGCAACCGACGUGGUCCGCUGCAAACGCCUCCAGAGGAUGUGCCUCCUGUGAGCAGAGGUCAAGGGGAGAACCGUACGAGCGAUAUUGCCAGACCUUCCCCCGGUCAGCCUGGGUCAAGGGCCAGUGGGCUCAUGCAAGUUCGCACGGCAAAAGCGAGGCCCGGUCCAGACCGCAGUACUGAGACCACCUUGAGGGACGGAGCUCGGUUUCAUGGUCUGUUCUCUGCGCGUCGUCUUGUUGAGGAGGACGCGCUGCCACCGCACCGAGACGCGCAAGAUCUUGAUCGGAAAAAGCCAAGACGACGGGGACUCCUUCGGAAUUGGAAGGAGGCCUGUUUGUCUGUUUCCUCCAUCGUUGCUGGUAAGUUCUACGGCAAUACACACGGCCACAAAGCUCGACUCCCCACUGAUCUGCAGCAGUUUUGUUUAGGUGUUUGA